UGUUUAUAAAUAAAACACAUUACACUUCCAUGCACACGCAGGUCACGCACGUGUUUCACUUUAUUUGAUUUAAUUUAGUGUAUAUUUUAAUUAAACUACUUUAUUUGUUAUUCAAAAAUAUUAUAAAUAUAUUUUCGAAACUCUAUUUAAUAGUAAUAAAUAUAAUUAAAGAUAAACAAUGGAGCAAGAUUUAAAAACUAAAAUUGAUUUGGCUUGUAAGACUGCUGAGGAAUUUACCAAACAUUAUUAUGAAACUGUUGACAAAAAAAGAUACUUAGUAUCAAAGUUGUACAUGGAUGAAGGAAGUUUUACAUGGAAUGGUAACAACACUAAAGGAAAAGAUAAUGUUCAAAAAUUUUGGUGUGAAUUGCCAAUAUCAACUCAUACAAUUAUUACACUUGAUGCACAACCAGUAACUGACCAAGGAGUUGGUAAUCAAAUAACAUUUCUUGUUAAAGUUCAUGGCAGUGUUAAAUAUCAAGACAAAUUAUCAAGACCUUUCAAUCAAAAUUUUAUAAUAACAGCUGUUGCUGAAAAAUGGAAAAUAGUUAAUGAUUGCUUUAGAAUGCAAGAGUCACCUGAAGAAACAAAUUAAAUAUAAAA